AUGCCGCGAACGGCGCUCCGCUCGGGAACCUCCUGCUCCAUCACCAUGCUCAUACUGGUACAACUCUCGGAAUUUGAGCUUCUUCAUCUGAUAUUCGCUCUACUACUGCUUAUUCAACUGCCUGUAUCUAGUGCGGCUACGCCGUGGAAAAUGGUAUGUAAUAAUGAGCAAAUCAUUGGAAAUUCGAAUGCUCAGGUUGCUCCUGGGACAACGUUUACGCCAUGGGGAGAGGAUUUCUGUACCGGAGGAACACCCCUCGCCAACACUUAUUUCCUAUGCAAUGAAUGCCGAAAGUGCCUGUCAAAGCUGCAAAGUCUGCCGAAUAAUGUUCUAGUGAUAUCGAGGGACCAACCACCACCUGGAUUAGCGGCAAUAUGGUUCCAGAGCAGCACUACAGCCGUUCAAGGGACAUGUACACUUACAGAUGCGGUAGCAACAAUCGACGCUGGUGAUGGUUCAACGGAUGCGUUACGAAGCUUCUCGAAAACGUCCGUAUUGUUCGUAUCAAUCAGUUUCAUCAUUCUUAUGGUGAUCUCGUUGGCAUGGCUGGUUUUCUACUACGUACAACGUUUCCGCUAUGCGCACGCAAAGGAUCGACUGCAAAGGAGACUAUUCAACGCUGCACGCAAGGCGUUGAUGCGAAUUCCGACGCGAUGUCUCAAAGUUGGCGAUCCAGAGAGACGUUGUUCGAACGUUACCGUGCAGGCACGUCUACCACAAAUCCUGUAUAGAUCCAUGGUUACUAGAACAUCGAACGUGUGCCCAAUGUGCAAAGCGGACAUCUUGAAGUACUUCGGUUAUCAGGUUUCCACUUCUGGCGGCGCCGAUGCUUCUAGGAUGGAAGCUGACCGUGACCGAGAAGAGUCACCUGAACCACCGAGUUCCUCAGAAAGUAACGCCGCCUAUAACUUCCCACCGACACAUGAUCUUCAAGAUGCCUUUCACUUCACGCCGAACACUUCACCUCAAUUGGUUAUGAGUGCAAGUAGUGCAAAAGCGUUCACAAUUGUACCAUUGACCGUUCAUUCAAAAACGCUUCCACCGAUUACUAAUGACGAACAGGGCACUAGCCGAGGUGAUAGAGCCUCCUCAGCUGGGUUAGUGGAAGGGCGAGUUGCACCAGUUCGCGUUAUGAAUCAAGGCCAGGUUGUGAAUUUGGUGCAGGUACGCACCCGAGCGAUGAGCACUACCGGCACCAGAGCAGCCACUCUUCGCAAAGCAGAACGGCCACCAAGUCAACCGACCCCAAUUGAAGGUGCCACCGGUGGCAGUGAUGUCGUUUAA